AUGCCUUACAAUAUUCUUCGGAUGAAAAAUUCGCUCGAGACAAGUGGCUCUGAUGGUAUCCUAUUGGCGGAUGAAAGAAAGACAUUAAGAAUAGGUGAAUUAUAUCGGUAUAAGUUCUCCGUGAACAAAAAUGUGCUUAAAGGACAAGGAUUAGACGUAUCCCAAUUAUAUGUGAGAAUCAAAAAUGAGGAAAGCUCCCUUCUCCGACCGGUUUAUUUGGCGGGGCCAUAUUCCUUUUAUAUUGAUAUUAGGCCGCAUAAUUACAAUGAGAACCGUAAAUUCCCAGGAAAAGAAGCUAUUCCAUUUAUUGAAAAUUUAAAGCCGGAUGAAAGAUUCAAAGUAAAAAUUCUGUUGAAUAAGAAUUCGAGGGUUAAUGACAGUUCUAUUUAUUCAUGGACUAUAGACAUAAUUUCACAAUUGGCUGUCACUACAAUUCCGAGGUUGCAAUUUACCUUUAGGAUAGGGACCACAAGAAAGGCGGUCAAGAAAUCCGGCGGACGUUUUGUGAGUACUGAAGGUGUUUCUUUGGAGAUGUGGGACACUAAAUCCCUUUGGGAUUUACCACCAAAAUUCCCAAAUAAGCCUGUUCAUCUCGUUAUCGUGACGCAUGGUAUAUUUUCCAAUAUUGGGUGCGAUAUGUUAUAUAUGAAAGACAAAAUUGAAGAAAUGACAUUUCCUAUGGAUGAAGCUGUUAAUCCGAAUAUAAUUGUACGAGGUUGUAUGGACAACGUGGGUAAAUCCGGGCAUGGUAUACAUUGCUUGGGUGUCAGGGUUGGUAAAUAUGUCCUUGAGACUGUUGACGAGUUGAAUAAGAAAUACAGAGUGGACAGAAUAUCAUUCAUUGGACAUUCUCUGGGUGGGCCUACCCAAUCCAUGGCAGUACGUUACAUAACUGUUAAACGACCAAGCUUUUUUGAUCCAGUGAAGGGUGUUAAACCCGUCAACUUCAUUACGUUGGCAAGUCCCUUUAUUGGAGUCAUUGGUGACUUCCCCUUUUAUUUAUCUGUUCCACUUGAUAUGGGCGCCCUUGGUUUGACAGGAAGGGACUUGAAUUUAAAAUAUACACCUUUAACAUCCAAAGAUGGGUUGUAUACAGAGGAUGACGCAAAUUCAGAACAUUCCAAGUACAUAUUAGAAGUUCUUCCGCAAGCACCAGCCAAGAAAGUAUUUGAAUCCUUCAAGAGAAGAACCGUCUAUGCCAAUAUCUUGGAUGAUGGUAUCGUUCCAUUACGAACUGCUGCCCUUUUAUAUUUAGAUUGGCGCGGCAUAAAUAAAGUUCAGAAAAUUAGGAAAGAAAAUAAGGAUCCUCCAAAUUCUAGCGAAUAUGACCCCUCGGAUAGCCCAGUAAGUAAUGGGCCAUCGUUGUCCUCUGACGAAAAUGAUAAUAAUGUUGGUGAAAUUCCGGCAGAAAGCCCAAAUAAAAAGGCGACUUUGCAGUGGACCUUGCCUCAGGCAGUCAUACAUGGAGGUAAGGUAAAUAAAUAUAUUAGAGGCCAAACUAAUGAGGCCACUUCAGAUUCAGACAGUGAACAAGGAGUAACUACGGAUGGUCAAAAUUUCGAACCCCCAAAGGAGGCUAAUACAGUUUUGUCUGCUUUAUCAGUACUGACAGCAGCAAUACCAAAUCAAGAAUAUAUCAAAGACCCUGCAGUAAGGAAAGAUGAAAUCAUUCAUGACAAACUUUACCAUCCGGAAGAAUUGCCUCCACCACAUUAUGAAAAUAGGCCCAUUGUUAAGAAACUCAUAUAUCCUAAUGAGAGUGUCAACAGGAUUCAAGAACGCAUUGCCAGAGAAUGGCAAGAAACGAUGACGUGGAGGAAGGUUUUGGUGCAAAUCAAGCCGGACUCACAUAACAACAUCAUAGUAAGAAGAAGAUUUGUCAAUUUGUACGGUUAUGUUGCCGUAGAGCACAUGGUUGAAAAUCAUUUCGGUUUUAAGAUUUGUAGCGAGCUUGCUGAUGACCCAAACGAGCCAAAACAUGAACCAGAUGAGCCGCAGCAGAAGGCCUUUACGAACGAACACAAGAAGAAUCAAUCAAAAAAGUAA